AUGGCUUGGGGAUACUGGUCCGCGUCUUCCGUGCUCCCCGACAGGGGCCGCAGCCCUCGCCGCGCGGGAACAUCCGUAGUGCAUUCCCACCCUAACCCACCUACCGCGAGAGAGGUCAUGGAGACACAGGAUGAGAGCAUCAUCCACACCGCGUCUACCUCCCGCGACAGUCGGGAUCAUUCUGCCUCCCCCCACUCCUCUUCCAACGGGGGACACUCCCAUCAUCACGAAGUAAGACACGCUGUGCCAGCGAGCGCUCUAUUUGGUGAAAGUUACGGGGAACUAUCAAGACGGCCAUCCCUCGAUCUGGGAUCAGUGCGUAGUGCGUUAGCGUCGUGUUCUGGUGGUGGGACGCUAAGUGCUGGGUCGACGUUGACCCGCGGUGGUACAAUAGCGGACUAUUUGCCCCCGGUCCCGUGCCCCCAUCAUCAUAGAGUGUACGUGGAUCAUCAUAAACACUAUGAGCAGCCGAUACAACCAGUGCAUGUGGGUGUGCCGCACCAUUCACAUUCUCACUCACACUCGCACGCGUCCAGUCGACAUCACACGGACGAUGAAGAUGAUUUGGAACCAGCAUAUGCUACAGGUAUUUGA